GGCAACCAUCCCUCACUCAGCACCAUGGCUGCCCUCAGACCCCUCAUGAAACCCAGGAUUGUCAAAAAGAGGACCAAGAAGUUCAUUCAGCACCAGUCAGAUUGUUAUGUCAAAAUUAAGUGGAACUGGUGGAAACCCAGAGGCAUUGGCAAUAGGGUGAGCAGAAGAUGCAAGGGCCAGAUAUUGAUGCCCAACAUUAGUUAUGGGAGCAACAAGAAAACAAAGCACAUGCUGCCCAGUGGUUUUCAAAAGUUCCUGGUCCACAAUGUCAAGGAGCUUGAAGUGCUGCUGAUGUGCCACACAUCUUACUGCGCUGAGAUUGCUCACAAUGUCUCCUCAAAGAACUGCAAAGCCAAUGUGGAAAGAGUAGACCAGCUGCCAUCACAUCACCUAUCCCAAUGCCAGUCUGCACAGUGA